UUCUGUCGCCUGUGAUAACACAAUAUAGAUCAAAUUAGCGUAGAUUUUCUUGAAAGCUGGCAGCAGAAAUAUGACUAAACCAUUUCCACACAGUUAUGUGUACAUCUGGCAUGCCAUCUGAGGCAAAUAUGUUACACAAUCACUUCAGUAUUUAUUUUAAGAAGGGUUGAAGGCAUUGUGCAAUGUAACGUGCAAGGGGUCUCUGGAGGAUAUAGGGCUCCCGAUGUUUCUAUGCCCAACAUGAAGGCACCUCAUGCCUGUGCAGUACACUUCACUGUGCUGUGCACGUUUGCUUAUUGCAGGAAACUGGAGAUGCUGGACAGCAUCGGUUGCGAGGAGCUCUUGCAAUCUGACAACUCAUCCGACAGCCUGGUGUGUUUAGAAGAAUGCCCUUCUCUGCCGGUAGACGAGGAAGAUGACGACCUGAUCUUCAUGGUGCAGUGCCAGUCCAGGAUGCUCAAGUACUCCAUAGCACUUGGUGAAGACAAAGUAGACAUUCUGCAUGAGCUUGACAGGCUUAUGGCACUACCCAACGGGGAGCAGGCAGCUCGUGAUGGAUUGGCAGACGCCUCUCCGCAAGCAAUCGCAGAAGAACCUGCCCGGCCCAUCUCACCCAUCCCCAGGGUUGAAAGCAGGAUGCCCCCUUUUUCUUGCACGCAUCGUCGCAGCAGUCAAUCAGCGAGACCGGGAGUGCCUUCUGUUGGGGAGCUGAUUGAGGCCAGUCAAGGAGGUCCGACCGAGCCACCAGCCGGAGCCGAGCCAGAAUGGAGGACGGCCGAGGACAAGUUGGAAGAGGCCGUGCCCGUCGUUUCUGAGGGCGAGCUGCCAGUGGCUGCUCGCGCUCCUCUGCUCGAGCCAGAUGUCGAUGCCGUGGCUCAGCCUCUGUGAGCAACGAGCCCUGCAGUACCUCCCGCCCCAAGACCAAGUUAGUUCGCAAGCAUAACAUGACAUUGGCAGUGCAAAUUUGGCACAUUAAAUGGACAGCACAGUCAGAGUUGUCUGCUUCUUGUGUUUACCUCGAGUGUUUGCUACAUUGUGACAUCAUACCAGCAAGCCCAGCUA